UGGUUUUGAGGCAUGCACUCCCCCCUUUAAAAGCGCCUGCACACUUUGUUUUAAUGCUUGCUGAUGCACAGCUGUGCUUUGAGCCACGCAAGAGUUUAGAGGAACUAAAAAAGGAAGCGCUUAAAAAGGAAGCUUACAAAGAGAGAUCUUAAUUGAGAUUAGACAGAAACAUUCAAAAGGAAACACAGAUAAGUUCUCUAAUGGACAGUAUUCACAAGACAACCACCAUGUCUAAUAUUACCGAGAGAAAAUGUAUAACGGACAACAGCAGCUUGCAGGCCCCGCUGGCUUUUUUCUAUGCACUCUUCUUCGUGUUCGGGUUGUCUGGGAACCUGCUGGCUCUCUGGGUGUUUCUGCGAGUACAUCCGAAGAAAAACUCCGUUCGCAUCUUCCUCAUUAACCUGGCUCUGGCUGACUUGCUCCUCGUGAUCUGCCUGCCUUUCCGAGUGGUUUACCAUUCCAACAAUGACCAGUGGGUGCUGCCGCCAUUACUGUGCAGGGUGGUGGGCAUUAUCUUUUACGUGAACAUGUACAUUAGUAUAGUCUUACUGGGCCUCAUUAGUGUAGAUCGCUAUCUGAAGUUCCAGAGGUCGUCCUGUAGGAAGGUGUUCCUGCACAGCCGAUGGAGCGUGCUUCUCUGCAGUGUCAUCUGGGCUGUGGCGUCCGUUUGUGGCACUUGCCUAUUUUUUUUUAAUCCAGGGGGUGAUAAUUCAACCCAGUGCUUCCAAUACAAAACACUGCAUGAAUACAAAUGGAAAGCCUAUUUCAACUUUGCCAUCGUGGGUAUGUUUUGGCUGAUCUACAUUGCGUUGGUAAUCUCCUACGCAAAGAUUGGAAUGAACCUCCUAACAACCUCCAAAAACAAACCGAAUUUCCCAAAUGCUGCCAAGUACAACAAAACAGCAUGGAAGUCCUUCUUUGUGCUUUUCCUCUUCACUAUAUGUUUUGUGCCCUACCACUUGGCAAGGAUUUUCUAUAUCAUGUCACAGAUAGCAAAAGACCCCCGUUGCGAGUCGAUACGUGCGUUGGAUAAAACCAAUGAAGUAGUUCUGCUACUGUCUGCUUUUAAUAGCUGUCUGGAUCCAGUCAUGUACUUUUUGUUCUGUAGUUCUAUUCGCAAAGUGUUGCUGAAGUUCAUCUGUAACAGCUUCUGUCAGCAAAAUGUCAAAGGACUGAUCAGUUCUAUUGACACUCCACAAGAGCUGCCAAAUGCCAGUGCAGUUGUGCCUAUGACAAACGCUCAGGAUUUCAAACUAAAAAAAACAACAGAUAAAGUGAUGCUAUAAAUGUUCUGAAAACAUAUAAGUCAUCUAUAAAUGUACAGCAAAUAUUUUUUAUUUUGCAAGCAUGUGAAUAUUUACAUGUGUACGGCAUUCAUCAGAAACACUACCUUUUUUAAAUAAAAGUUACAUUGCAUUUAAAAAAAUGAUCAUAUAAAAAUAAUUAACAUGCCCUUCAACAUUAUUUUUCUGCAUUAUGAACUAACAAAAAACUAGAUUUUUAAAGCAUUUAUUAAUCUAGGUUAAUUAAAUAAUUAUAAAACAUAAAACAUUAGUUUAUAAGUAUGUUCACUGUUAUUUUAUGUUUAUUACAUAUAAACUCAUUUGAAUUUAUACAUCUUGAAAUGUGUUCCUGUAGCUCAAUUGGUAGAGCAUUGAGUUAUCAAGUGCAAUGUUGUGGGUUUGAUUCCACGAGAACACAUGAUGCACUGUAAAUCGCUUUGGAUAAAAGCGUCUGCUAAAUGCAUAAAUUAAAAUUUUUAAUUAAAAUUCAAUAUAUAUUUUAAAUGUUACAAAAUGUAUUACUAUAUUUUUUUAAAACUAUCACUAACCAAUAUUAAUGAAUGCAGUUAAAUAAUUGUUAAGGCAUCAAAUAAUGUUAGCAAACUGAAGCUUACUGUAAAGGGUUAGUUAACAACAAUCCAUUUAAUCUACGGUGUCGUAGCUGUUUGGAUUGCUUCUAUACAUAAUAUAGCAAAUAAAAUAAGCAUGUAAUUUAUUCAUGAUA